AAUCUAUACAAAAUAUCGAUAUUUAUUAAACAAACUUUCAUUGGAUAGAUCCUUAGGAAAUAAAGAAGAAAUUACAGUAUUUCGUUUAUUACGUUGAUGGUCACAAGUAAUUUGAGGUUAGUAUUGCACUUCGCUGAAGCGUGGAGAAAGAUUGAAAGUAAACGGGAACUUUGUCACUUUUGAAUAUUAUUGAAAUAUGUCAUGUAAAAAUUAUCUUCUGUCUUUGAAAGAAUCUUUUAAGAAUAUAACUAGACACACUAAAAUAAUAAAGAAUAGUGAAAAGAAAAUAAUAAAUUAGAUCAAUCUACGCUCAUUCAAUUUUGUGAUCUUGCCUCUUUCAGUCAGAAUUAGUUUCUGAUCAGAAUCUCAUCUUAAAUAAAAAAAUAAAAGAUUUCAAGAAAAGAAUAAGUGUGCAAAUCUUAUAUGACUUAAUUUGUGUGAUUCGAAAAGUUUGAUUAUUAAACUUAUCAAGAAAUGAAAAUUAAGUUGUCACAACUAUUAUAAUUAAGAUAUACUUGAAGUAAAUAUCGUAGAAUUACAAUUAUAAUGGGAAUCAUUUAAAUACUUCCUAUUUUAUUAUGAUCAGCUCAUACUUAACGUCGAUACAUUGUUACAGAAGAAGAAACAAUCUUAUCCAAUUGUUUAGUCUCAAUCUAAAAUUAUUUUUCCAAUAUAGAACCGACUACGACAUCAACAUCAACAUCAACAACAUCAUCAUCAACAACAACAUCAUCAUCAACAACAACAACAACAACAUCAGCAACAGCAAUACCAAAAUGGACAAUGACAGGAAGUAUGAGGAUCGGACGAUCUUAUCACACAGCAUCCACAUUAGCAAAUGGAUCAGUAUUAGUUGCUGGUGGAUACAACGGUAGUUAUCCCAAUAGUGCUGAAUUGUACAAUCCAUCAACAGGCACUUGGGCGAUCACAGGAAGCAUGAGUGCCGCACGAUAUUAUCACACAGCAUCCACAUUAGCAAAUGGAUCAGUAUUAGUCACUGGUGGAGUUGGUAGCAACGGUUAUCUCAACAGUGCUGAAUUAUACAAUCCAUCAACAGGCACUUGGACAACUACAGCAAACAUGGGUAUCGGCCGAUAUAUCCACACAGCAUCCACAUUAGCAAAUGGAUCAGUAUUAGUUACUAGUGGAAAAAACAGCGGUGGUUAUCUCAAUAGUGCUGAAUUGUACAAUCCAUCAACAGGCAUUUGGGCAACUACAGCAAACAUGAGUAUCGGACGAUGUUAUCACACAGCAUCCACAUUAGCAAAUGGAUCAGUAUUAGUCACUGGUGGAGUUGGUAGCAACGGUUAUCUCAACAGUGCUGAAUUAUACAAUCCAUCAACAGGCACUUGGACAACUACAGCAAACAUGAGUAUCGGACGAUAUGUUCACACAGCAUCCACAUUAGCAAAUGGAUUAGUAUUAGUUGCUGGUGGAUACAACGGUAGUUAUCUCAAUAGUGCUGAAUUGUACAAUCCAUCAACAGGCACUUGGACAACCACAGGACACAUGAGUACCGCACGACAAUAUCAUACAGCAUCCGUAUUAGCAAAUGGAUUAGUAUUAGUUACUGGUGGAUACAGCAGUAGUGGUUACCACAGUAGUGCUGAAUUGUACAAUCCAUCAACAGGCACUUGGACAACUACAUCAAACAUGAGUAUCGGCCGAUAUAUCCACACAGCAUCCACAUUAGCAAAUGGAACAGUAUUAGUUGCUGGUGGAGAGAACAGUGUUACUUAUCUCAAUAGUGCCGAGCUUUAUUAA